AAAUAAUGGUUCUGUUGAGCAUGUCAAAGCUUUACUUUUAAAAAAAUUAAUGAAAAGAUAGUUUAUUUUCUAAUUGUUAUUGUUUAUCUUCAGCUGCCACUCUAAACUAAUUGGGUCACAAUUGGAUCGGUGUUUAUCUGUGACCAUGUCCUCCGAUCUUCGUCAGCGACUUGUCAAAGACCAGAGUGAAGAAGACGACGAUGAAAAAAUGAUUGAAAAGAAGCAUCUUGACAGGCAAAGCUCUCUCGAUGGUGUUGACUCCGAGGAAGAAAAAUUAGUGGAAGAAUUGCUUAAAAAAGACAAUUAUCUCAAAUCGCUGUCUCAACCACAAGAAAAAACUAACCCAAUCAUUGAAACCUGUUUAGCUUAUUUCCCUUCAAAAUGGCGAAACUACAUUGUACGAUCAAUAUUUACUUUUGUCAUGGUUGCUGGAUUUUGUUUUUUAAUUUAUGUUGGACCUCUGGCUCUCAUCACAAUUACGCUGAUUGUUCAAGUUAAAUGCUUUCAAGAAAUUAUCUCUGUUGGAUAUGCUGUCUACCGUGUUCAUGGAUUACCUUGGUUCAGAUCUCUCUCGUGGUAUUUUCUUUUGACGUCCAAUUAUUUCCUCUUUGGACCCAGUUUUAUUCAUUAUUUUGCAGUUCUCUUACAGCGACCUAACUUUUUGGCUGUCCUAGUCACUUAUCAUAAAUUUAUCUCUUUUUGUUUGUACAUUACUGGAUUUGUUUGGUUUGUUUUGAGUCUUAAAAAACGUUAUUAUAUGAGACAAUUUUCAUUGUUUGCUUGGACUCAUGUUACGCUGUUAAUUGUGGUUACUCAAUCAUAUUUCAUCAUUUCCAAUAUGUUUGAAGGAUUGAUCUGGUUUAUUGUACCUGUUUCAAUGAUCAUAUGUAAUGAUGUAAUGGCUUAUUUAUUUGGUUUCUUCUUCGGCCGAACACCUCUAAUUAAACUUUCACCCAAAAAAACCUGGGAAGGUUUCAUCGGUGGAGGUAUAGCAACUGUUAUUCUUGGUCUUCUGUUUUCUCAUUUUAUGUGCCAAUUUGAAUAUUUCGUUUGCCCAAUCAGAUAUUCUGAAGAUCUUGAGAAGACCGUGAUGACUUGUAACCCUUCUCCAUUAUUUCAGCUUCAAGAAUACGAUUUACCACGGAAUUUCAGUUUUUUUCUCAAACUGUUACAUAUUCCUCGAACAAUCAAGCUUUACCCAUUCGUUCUACAUUCAUUGGCCUUGUCUUUGUUCAGCUCAAUUAUCGGACCUUUUGGUGGUUUCUUUGCGAGUGGUUUCAAGCGAGCUUUCAAAAUAAAAGAUUUUGGUGAUGUGAUUCCAGGCCAUGGAGGUAUUAUGGAUCGAUUUGAUUGUCAAUUCUUGAUGGCCACUUUUGUCAAUGUGUACAUUUCUAGUUUCAUUGCUGCGCCCAACUUGCAAUCGGUCAUCCAACAAGUCCACUCUCUUGAACCUGAACACCAGAUCGAGCUUUAUAAUAUACUGAAAGAAUCAUUAACCUCUCGCGGUUUCAUUUUACAGUGAUACUCUUCGAUAAUCUUCCUUGUUUCAUUUGUCUAUUGUUUAUUUCGUUGAUCUUUUCUGCUUCAUCUACUUUUUUCAUGCCCAUUCUCCUUUAUUUAAUUCUCCCUGAAAAGUAACAUAAUAAUUGCAAAUAUAUCGAAGAUAAAACUGUCAUCAUCGCCAUAACCGAAAUUGUCACCUCCACAAUCGCCAUCUUCAUAGCCAUCAUCAUAGUCUUUAAUCUGGUGAUGAAAGGAAAGAUGUACAAAGAUCAUCGAAAUCCAUUAUCUCCAUCUCCUGCAUUUAAAAUUUACCCUCGUCCUCAUUGUGAAAAUGUUACAAGUAAAACAGGUCACUAAGUUGACUUAAUAUCAAGUCAAACGAUGGAAGUAUGGAAACUUAUCAAGUCAUUGGUAUCGCCAUUCUCAUUGUCAUCUUAUUUCCGAUCAUCACUUUUUUCUGACGCUAUUAGAUAGAUGAACUUGGUGAUGAAGCCAAGUUUUUAAGGAACAAGCGUUUCAACAUUCAAAAAUAGUUGUCUAUCUGCGAUAAGUUCAAAGAAUCUUUUUCUUUAUUCAUUUCUUUCUCCAGACACCCUUUGCUGGAUUCGAAAAUGUUAACACUGCAAAGAAUACAAGUUGUGUCUUUUCCUUGCUUUUUUAUUUGAAUGGUCAACCUUAUUUUUUGUACAAAAUCGAUUCUUUUUUUUCAAUUCGAUUCCAGACACUCAACACACAAAUUACAUCAGAAUAUUUAAUUGUAAACACUGCGCUUAAACAAAUUUGGACACCACAUUUUUCAAAAUUGAUGAUAGGGUGGAACCUUCGAAAUCGAAAGAUUUAAUUAACUUCUACCACAAUUAAGGAUUAGAAAACUGUUUUGACUUUCUCGAAUAAAUGACUGUUUCUAAGCCACAGUAUUCUAUAAAAUACUCUGGUAACCGAUU